UGCGAUUAUAAAAUUUUUUUAAAUUUCAGGAUUUAAAUAACAAUGAAUCGUUCGUACAAAUUUCCAUGUACUUCUUCGCACUUACAUCGAUCAUUUUUAACGUGUUUAUAUUCUGUUAUAUCGGUGAUCUGCUCACAGAACGUUGUCAGAUGGUGGGUACUACUUGCUACGCGACUGAAUGGUACCGAAUGCCUCCCAAGAAAGCGAUUGAACUGAUUAUGCCGAUCACGAUGUCCCGAUAUCCAGCCUCGAUCACUGCUGGGAAAAUGAUGACGAUGACUUUGAGCACAUUCUCUGAUAUCUUGAAGACAUCAAUGGCAUAUUUUAAUUUGCUCCGUGAAUUUUCUUUGCGAGACGAAAUUGCGUGAACGUAAUUGUGAUGAGACGACAUUUUGAACAUUACUACUGCGUUAUCUUUCUACUACUGAGCUACUACUGUAUGCAUCAAAAUUAUGUUAAUUAUUAAUUAGCUCUGCAAACAACGCACGUGUUAGUAUAGCACUUGGUGAAUUAAAUCAUUUCUUUAUUCUAAAUUGCGA